GCUGGCUUCACACAAACCCUCUCUCUGGAGCACUGCGGUUCUUUCAAACAUGGAGGAAAGUGAGAGGGAAGGUGGGAGUGAAAGCAGUUCGGCUGUUUGUGGUCAAAGUGCAGCGUUAAACGCAAGUGAACAGCAAGUCUCGGAGCAGGACCGCGGCGAAAACACAGAGGCUGACGAAGAUGAUAUCGAUAAGAAACUGGACAUCAGUUCGGAGCUCUUUGAUCCACUGCUUGCCUUGUACUCCCCCCAAGUUCCGCUGCCCUACCCCAACAUCAGGUGCUUUAACAACGUCGCUGAGUACGAGAGCUUUAUUAAAGGAGGUCGUGGCCGAGCAAAACCUGAAAAUGUGGAGAAAAAGCUUCGCAAAUCGCGGAGGGGUGUAGCAGAUCCAGAGAGAAUAGAAAGGCUGAAAAAACUCAUGGUGAACAACCCAGUAGAGGAGGGAGAGGAGACUGGCGCGAAACAAAGUCGAAGAAAGCAGAAAGCUCGUAAAAAUGUUCUUACGAGGAUGCCCCUGCAUGACGGCAGUCCUUUAGGAGAGCUGAACCGCUGCGUCCAGGAGAGAAUCAGAAUCAAGGUCCACAUUCGGUCCUUCAAGGGUCUUCGUGGGGUCUGCACUGGCUUUGUGGUGGCCUUUGACAAGUUCUGGAACUUGGCAAUGGUGGAUGUUGAUGAAACAUACAGGGAGCCCUUACUUGGAGAGGCUUUUUAUCAUGAGAAGGCACUGACCGUUACAAGGCUCUUUCAAAAGUUACAAGUACAAGAGGGCCAGGAGCUCAGCACUGGACAGAAAAACUCUGGAAAAACAGCAGCAGCUAACACCUCAACACCAGCUGACCAGAGCAGCGAGCCUCACUACACCACCAGAAGCAGCAUCAGAAGCAGUCGAGGCCAAAGACAGCCGCUGUGUGGGAAGGGCCCAGCAGAUAGUGGACCUGACGCUGGCUCAGAGCAGAGACCCAAAGUUCCCAAGCCAAAAGUGGAGUAUGGAAGAAUGCGGACACGUCAUGUCAAUCAGCUUUUUAUCCGGGGAGAAAAUGUCCUCCUUGUGAACGUUCAGCAAGAGUAAUGAAAUCUCAUUCUUAUCAGUUUUAUGAAAUGAUCAUCGUUUCUGAUUCGAAGAGCAUGUGUAAAGGCUGGCAGCAAAUCACACUUAUGUGUCAUGUUGUGUCAUAUUGAUAUGUAUGUAGAGCUCCUUGUAGAGGUGGGGAAAGUAAAGCUGAAUUAAA